CAAGUUUCGCAUGUGACAACAAACAUUCAAAAACUACGAAAAGUUCGCGAAAAUUGGAGCAAACUAUUUUUUUAGUUAUUUUGCAAUCGAAUAAAAAAAAUUACCGUGCAAUAAAAAACUCUAAAAUAACUCAGUGUAGUGAAUCAUUUCUAAUUUUUUGAUUGAAUAUGGUAUUUUUUUGAAUAGUUUUGAUAUAUAAAUCUACGCCCAUAGAUGUCGUACUACACCAUGGAAUUAAAAACUUUUUCUAUAGCCUUUAGCGUUUUAUACCUUUUUGCACCAGCCUACUGCAUAGAAUUAGAUGCAGAUUCAAAUCCACAAGAAAGACAAGCUCUUCCUUAUUCUAAUUUCGUCUGUACUAAAGAAGGAUUCAACGCAGAUCCACAUAAUUGCAAGGUGCUUUACCGAUGUAUAGGUAACGGCAAAGGUGGUUACACACCCAUACGUUUUGAGUGCGGCGAAGGAACAGUUUUUGAUCCCGCUACAACCACCUGCAAUUAUCCUUACGCUAGCAGUAGAGAAGAAUGUGGAGGAAAUGCUAUUGAGGAAAUAUACAAACCUGUAUCAGUACCAAUUCAAUCCUCUACAUAUGUAACAGUUGCUGUAACCCAAGCAACGGUCGAUUAUUCUAACCAGCUUACAGGUGUAUGCUCACAGGAAGGCUUUGUAGGGGAUUCCAAAGACUGUAAAAAGUUUUACAGAUGCGUAUCCAAUGGCCAAGGAAGUUUUAUCAGAUAUGAAUUUAGUUGUGGUACAGGUACCGUAUGGGACCCACAAAUAUCGUCCUGUAAUUUUCCAGCAGCAGCAAAUAGACCAAAUUGUCUAGAAGAACAAGGUACAACGCCCAUUCUUGUUAGAGCUUCAAGCAACAAUGUACAUAAUUUUACUUCCUCUCGUCAAAAUUCUUCAUCCUCAUCCCAGCAAAGCUUUCAGAAUUCUACCAGUAGUAGCAGUAGUUUUAAUAAUACCUCUUCCAGCAGUAGUAGCAGUAGUUCUAGUUCCAGUAGUAGUAGUUCCUCCUCCAAUAGCAACUCUCAACAAAACAAUAACCAAAGUGGUUCAAAUGCAUCAAAUUUCACAGGGCAAAAUUCGUCAAGUUCUAACCAAGGAAGCAGUUCAUCCUUAAAUCAAAAUCAACAAAACCAACAAAAUUCAGGAAGUCAACAAGGAUCUAGUUCAUCUAGUGGCAAUCAACAAAACCAACAAAGUUCUGGAAGUCAACAAGGGUCAAAUUCUUCUAAUCAAAAUCAACAGAACCAACAAAGUUCAGGUAGCCAACAAGGGUCUGGUUCAUCUAGUAACAAUCAACAAAACCAACAAAAUUCUGGAAAUCUACAGGGGUCAAGUUCUUCUAACCAAAAUCAGCAAAACCAACAAAGUUCAGGAAGUCAACAAGGAUCUAGUUCAUCUAGCAACAAUCAACAAAACCAACAAAGUUCAAAUUCUUCUUCCUCAAGUUCCUCUUCCUCAAGUUCCUCCAAUCAAAAUCAACAAAACCAACAAAGUUCAGGUAGUCAACAAGGCUCAAGUUCAUCUAAUAACAAUCAGCAAAAUCAACAAAAUGCAGGAAGUCAACAAGGAUCAAAUUCUUCUAAUCAAAAUCAACAGAACCAACAAAGUUCAGGUAGCCAACAAGGAUCUAGUUCAUCUAGUAACAAUCAACAAAACCAACAAAAUUCUGGAAAUCAACAGGGGUCAAGUUCUUCUAAUCAAAAUCAGCAAAACCAACAAAGUUCAGGAAGUCAACAAGGAUCUAGUCCAUCUAGCAACAAUCAACAAAACCAACAGAGUUCAAAUUCUUCGUCUUCAAGUUCCUCUUCCUCAAGCUCCUCCAAUCAAAAUCAACAAAACCAACAAAGUUCUGGAACUCAACAGGGAACAAGUUCCUCAGGAAGUCAACAAGGAUCCAGUUCAUCUAGCAACAAUCAACAAAACCAACAAAGUUCAGGUUCUUCCUCUUCAAGUUCCUCAAAUCAAAAUCAACAAAACCAACAAAAUACAGGUAGUCAACAAGGCUCAAGUUCAUCAAAUAACAAUCAGCAAAAUCAACAAAAUGCAGGAAGUCAACAGGGGACAAGCUCCUCUAAUCAAAAUCAACAAAACCAACAAAGUUCAGGAAGCCAACAAGGAUCUAGUUCAUCUAGUAACAAUCAACAAAACCAACAAAGUUCAGGAAGUCAACAGGGGUCAAAUGCAUCAAAUCAGCAAGGAUCCUCGUCAAAUCAGAAUCAACAGAAUCAACAAGGUUCUUCAAGCACCUCCUCUAACCAAAAUCAACAAAAUCAGCAAAACUCCUCAGGAUCAUCUCAAAAUCAACAAAAUCAGCAAGGUUCAACAUCUAAUCAGAACCAACAGGGCUCUAACAAUUCCAACCAGAAUCAGCAAAAUCAACAAAACACUUCAGGCUCUUCAACAAAUCAAAACCAACAAAAUCAACAAAAUGCAUUAGGCUCGAAUCAGAAUCAACAAAGUAAUCAGAAUCAGCAAAGCUCGAAUGAAGACCAUUCUGGCCAAAUUUCUAACAAUAAAUGUAUUAAAGAAGGUUUUGCUAACGACGAAAAUGAUUGUAAGAAAUUUUACAGGUGUGUAAGUGAUGGUAAAGGGCAAUUUAUCAAAUAUGAAUUUUCUUGUGCCGAUGGAACUGUUUGGGACCAAACUUCGCUUUCUUGUAACUAUCCGUCGGCAGUAACUGGAAAAUGCUCACAGUCCACGCCCACACAUCCACAGCCUACUGGCCCCACGAGUUCUGGAAAUCAACAGGGGUCAAGUUCUUCCAAUCAAAAUCAACAGAACCAACAAAGUUCAGGUAGCCAACAGGGAUCUAGUUCAUCCAAUAAUAAUCAACAAAACCAACAAAGUUCAGGAAGUCAGGGAUCAAAUGCAUCAAAUCAGCAAAACCAGCAAGGUUCCUCGUCAAAUCAGAAUCAACAGAAUCAACAAGGUUCUUCAAGCACUUCCUCAAACCAAAAUCAACAAAAUCAGCAAAACUCCUCAGGAUCAUCUCAAAAUCAACAAAACCAGCAAGGCUCAACAUCUAAUCAGAAUCAACAAAAUCAACAAAAUUCGUCAGGUUCAAGUCAAAAUCAACAGAACCAACAAGGUUCUAACACUUCCAAUCAGAAUCAACAGAAUCAACAAAACUCUUCAGGCUCUUCAACAAAUCAAAACCAACAAAAUCAACAAAAUGCAUUAGGCUCGAAUCAGAAUCAACAAAGUAAUCAGAAUCAGCAAAGCUCGAAUGAAGACCAUUCUGGCCAAAUUUCUAACAAUAAAUGUAUUAAAGAAGGUUUUGCUAACGACGAAAAAGAUUGUAAGAAAUUUUACAGAUGUGUAAGUGAUGGUAAAGGACAAUUUAUCAAAUAUGAAUUUUCUUGUGCUGAAGGAACUGUUUGGGAUCAAUCUUCGCUUUCUUGUAACUAUCCCUCGGCAGUAACUGGAAAAUGCUCACAGCCUACUGGGACAGGUGUAGGCACUAAUCAAAACCAACAAAGUGACGGAAAUCAAAAUCAACAAGGAUCCAGUAAUCAAAAUCAACAAGGUAAUGGUGAUCAAAAUCAACAAGGUUCUGGCAACCAAAAUCAGCAAGGCGGUGGAAACCAAAAUCAACAAGGUAGUGGAAAUCAAAAUCAACAAGGCAGUGAAAAUCAAAAUCAACAAGGAUCGGGCAAUCAAAAUCAACAAAACGGUACUAACCAAAGUCAACAAGGUUCCGGUAAUCAAAACCAACAGGGUAAUGGCAACCAAAACCAACAGAGUGGUAAUAACCAAAACCAACAAGGUUCGGGCAAUCAAAACCAACAGAGUGGUAGCAAUCAAAAUGGCAAUAACCAAAAUCAACAAGGCAACGGAAAUCAAAAUCAACAAGGAUCUGGCGACCAAACUGAACAAGGUAGUCAAAACCAGCAAGGUUCCGGUAAUCAAAAUCAGCAACAGACUACAACUGAGCAGCAAAAUUCUGGACAAAUUUCUAACAAUACAUGUGUUAAAGAAGGAUUUGCUAAUGAUGAAAAAGACUGUAAGAAAUUUUAUAGAUGUGUUAGUGAUGGUAAAGGGCAAUACAUAAAAUAUGAAUUUAGUUGCCCUGAAGGAACCGUUUGGGAUCAAAAUGCACUUGCUUGUAAUUAUCCCUCAGCAGUAACUGGAAAAUGUUCACAACCAUCGCAGUCACAAUCUAACGUAGAAAGCGAAGGCAAUAACCAAAACCAGCAGGGAUCCGGAAACCAAAACCAACAAGGAUCCAGUAAUCAAAAUCAACAAGGUAACGGUGACCAAAAUCAACAAGGUUCUGGCAACCAAAAUCAACAAGGCGGUGGAAACCAAAAUCAACAAGGCAAUGAAAAUCAAAAUCAACAAGGAUCGGGCAAUCAAAAUCAACAAAAUGGUACUAAUCAAAGUCAACAAGGUUCCGGUAAUCAAAACCAACAGGGUAAUGGCAACCAAAACCAACAGGGAGGCGACAACCAAAACCAACAAGGUUCGGGCAAUCAAAACCAACAAAAUGGCAACAACCAAAAUCAACAAGGCAACGGAAAUCAAAAUCAACAAGGAUCUGGCGACCAAAAUCAACAAGGUAGCGGUAAUCAAAACCAACAAAGUUCCGGUAAUCAAAAUCAGCAACAAACUACAACUGAACAGCAAAAUUCCGGACAAAUUUUCAACAAUAAAUGUGUUAAAGAAGGAUUUGGUAAUGAUGAAAAAGACUGUAAGAAAUUUUAUAGAUGUGUUAGUGAUGGUAAAGGGCAAUAUAUAAAAUAUGAAUUUAGUUGCGCUGAAGGAACCGUUUGGGAUCAAAAUGCACUAGCUUGUAAUUAUCCCUCAGCCGUAACUGGUAAAUGUGCACAACCAUCGCAGUCACAAUCUAACGGAGAAAGCGAAGGCAAUAACCAAAACCAACAGGGAUCCGCAAAUCAAAAUCAACAAGGAACAACUAAUCAAAAUCAACAAGGUUCUGGCAACCAAAAUCAACAGGGUGGUGGAAACCAAAAUCAACAAGGCGGUGGAAACCAAAAUCAACAAGGCGGUGGAAACCAAAAUCAACAAGGCAAUGAAAAUCAAAAUCAACAAGGAUCGGGCAAUCAAAAUCAACAAAAUGGUUCUAACCAAAGUCAACAAGGUUCCGGUAAUCAAAACCAACAGGGUAAUGGCAACCAAAACCAACAGGGAGGCGACAACCAAAACCAACAAGGUUCGGGCAAUCAAAACCAACAAAAUGGUAACAACCAAAAUCAACAAGGCAACGGAAAUCAAAAUCAACAAGGAUCUGGCGACCAAAAUCAACAAGUUAGCGAUAAUCAAAACCAACAAAGUUCCGGUAAUCAAAAUCAGCAACAAACUACAACUGAACAGCAAAAUUCUGGACAAAUUUCUAACAAUAAAUGUGUUAAAGAAGGAUUUGCUAAUGAUGAAAAGGACUGUAGGAAAUUUUAUAGAUGUGUUAAUGAUGGUAAAGGGCAAUAUAUAAAAUAUGAAUUUAGUUGCGCUGAAGGAACCGUUUGGGAUCAAAAUGCACUUUCUUGUAAUUAUCCCUCCGCAGUAACGGGUAAAUGUUCACAACCAUCGCAGUCACAACCUAACGGAGAAAGCGAAGGCAAUAACCAAAACCAGCAGGGAUCCGGUAACCAAAAUCAACAAGGAUCAAGUAAUCAAAAUCAACAAGGUAACGGUGACCAAAAUCAACAAGGUUCUGGCAACCAAAAUCAACAAGGCGGUGGAAACCAAAAUCAACAAGGCAAUGAAAAUCAAAAUCAACAAGGAUCGGGCAAUCAAAAUCAACAAAAUGGUACUAAUCAAAGUCAACAAGGUUCCGGUAAUCAAAACCAACAGGGUAAUGGCAACCAAAACCAACAGGGAGGCGACAACCAAAACCAACAAGGUUCGGGCAAUCAAAACCAACAAAAUGGCAACAACCAAAAUCAACAAGGCAACGGAAAUCAAAAUCAACAAGGAUCUGGCGACCAAAAUCAACAAGGUAGCGGUAAUCAAAACCAACAAAGUUCCGGUAAUCAAAAUCAGCAACAAACUACAACUGAACAGCAAAAUUCCGGACAAAUUUUCAACAAUAAAUGUGUUAAAGAAGGAUUUGGUAAUGAUGAAAAAGACUGUAAGAAAUUUUAUAGAUGUGUUAGUGAUGGUAAAGGGCAAUAUAUAAAAUAUGAAUUUAGUUGCGCUGAAGGAACCGUUUGGGAUCAAAAUGCACUAGCUUGUAAUUAUCCCUCAGCCGUAACUGGUAAAUGUGCACAACCAUCGCAGUCACAAUCUAACGGAGAAAGCGAAGGCAAUAACCAAAACCAACAGGGAUCCGCAAAUCAAAAUCAACAAGGAACAACUAAUCAAAAUCAACAAGGUUCUGGCAACCAAAAUCAACAGGGUGGUGGAAACCAAAAUCAACAAGGCGGUGGAAACCAAAAUCAACAAGGCGGUGGAAACCAAAAUCAACAAGGCAAUGAAAAUCAAAAUCAACAAGGAUCGGGCAAUCAAAAUCAACAAAAUGGUUCUAACCAAAGUCAACAAGGUUCCGGUAAUCAAAACCAACAGGGUAAUGGCAACCAAAACCAACAGGGAGGCGACAACCAAAACCAACAAGGUUCGGGCAAUCAAAACCAACAAAAUGGUAACAACCAAAAUCAACAAGGCAACGGAAAUCAAAAUCAACAAGGAUCUGGCGACCAAAAUCAACAAGUUAGCGAUAAUCAAAACCAACAAAGUUCCGGUAAUCAAAAUCAGCAACAAACUACAACUGAACAGCAAAAUUCUGGACAAAUUUCUAACAAUAAAUGUGUUAAAGAAGGAUUUGCUAAUGAUGAAAAGGACUGUAGGAAAUUUUAUAGAUGUGUUAAUGAUGGUAAAGGGCAAUAUAUAAAAUAUGAAUUUAGUUGCGCUGAAGGAACCGUUUGGGAUCAAAAUGCACUUUCUUGUAAUUAUCCCUCCGCAGUAACGGGUAAAUGUUCACAACCAUCGCAGUCACAACCUAACGGAGAAAGCGAAGGCAAUAACCAAAACCAGCAGGGAUCCGGUAACCAAAAUCAACAAGGAUCAAGUAAUCAAAAUCAACAAGGUAACGGUGACCAAAAUCAACAAGGUUCUGGCAACCAAAAUCAACAAGGCGGUGGAAACCAAAAUCAACAAGGCGGUGGAAACCAAAAUCAACAAGGCAGUGAAAAUCAAAAUCAACAAGGGUCGGGCAAUCAAAAUCAACAAAAUGGUACUAACCAAAGUCAACAAGGCUCCGGUAAUCAAAACCAAGAGAAUAAUGGAAACCAAAACCAACAGGGGGGUAAUAACCAAAACCAACAAGGUUCUGGCAAUCAAAACCAACAGGAAGGUAGUAAUCAAAAUCAACAAAAUGGCAAUAACCAAAAUCAACAAGUAAACGGAAAUCAAAAUCAACAAGGAUCUGGCGGCCAAAAUCAACAGGGUAACGGUAAUCAGAACCAGCAAGGUUCCGGUAAUCAAAAUCAGCAACAAACUACAACUGAGCAACAAAAUUCUGGACAAAUUUCUAACAAUAAAUGUGUUAAAGAAGGAUUUGCUAAUGACGAAAAAGACUGUAAGAAAUUUUAUAGAUGUGUUAGUGAUGGUAAAGGGCAAUAUAUAAAAUAUGAAUUUAGUUGUGCUGAAGGAACCGUUUGGGAUCAAAAUGCACUUGCUUGUAAUUAUCCCUCAGCUGUAACUGGUAAAUGUUCACAACCAUCACAGUCACAAUCUAACGGAGAAGGCGAAGGCAAUAAUCAAAAUCAACAGGGCUCUGUAAACCAAAACCAACAAGGUAAUGGUAACCAGAACCAACAAGGUACUGACAACCAAAACCAAAACCAACAGGGUGGUAAUAACCAGAACCAACAAGGAUCAGGUAAUCAAAACCAACAUAAUCAAAAUCAACAGAAUGGUAACAACCAAAAUCAACAAAGCUCUGGCAACCAAAAUCAACAGGGCGGUACUAAUCAAAAUCAACAAGGCAAUGGAAAUCAAAGUCAACAAGGUACUGGCAACCAAAACCAAAACCAACAGGGUGGUAAUAACCAGAACCAACAAGGAUCAGGCAAUCAAAACCAACAGGGAAGUGGCAAUAAUCAAAAUCAACAGAAUGGUAACAACCAAAAUCAACAAAGCUCUGGCAACCAAAAUCAACAGGGCGGUAGUAACCAAAAUCAACAGAACGGUACUAACCAAAAUCAACAAGGCAAUGGAAACCAAAAUCAACAAGGAUCUGGUCACCAACAAACUACAACUGAACAGCAAAACUCUGGACAAAUUUCUAACAAUAAAUGUAUUAAAGAAGGAUUUGCUAAAGAUGAAAAAGACUGUAAGAAAUUUUAUAGAUGUGUUAGUGAUGGUAAAGGGCAAUAUAUAAAAUAUGAAUUUAGUUGCGCUGAAGGAACGGUUUGGGAUCAAGAUGCACUUGCUUGUAAUUAUCCUUCAGCAGUAACUGGCGAAUGUUCACAAUCCUCUCAGUCACAAUCUAACGGUGACCAACAAGGAUCUAGUAAUAAUAAUCAAAAUCAACAAGGUUCUGGCAACCAAAACCAACAGGGAAAUGGUAAUCAAAAUCAACAAGGUUCUGGAAAUCAAAACCAACAGGGUAGCCAUAGCCAAAACCAACAAAACAAUGGACACCAAAAUCAACAAGGAUCUGGUAACAAUGGAAACCAAAAUCAACAAGGAACUGCCAAUCAAAACCAACAGGGCGGUAAUAACCAAAACCAACAAAGUAAUGUAAACCAAAAUCAACAAGGUUCCGGAAAUCAAAACCAACAGAACGGGGAUAACCAAAACCAACAGGGUAAUGGUAACCAAAAUCAACAAAGCAGCAAUCAAAAUCAACAAAAUACAACUAAGCCACAAAAUUCCGGUCAAGUUUCUAACAACAAAUGUGUUAAAGAAGGAUUUGCUAAAGACGAAAAGGACUGUAAGAAAUUUUACAGAUGUGUAAGUGAUGGUAAAGGCCAAUACAUCAAAUAUGAGUUUACUUGCGGUGAAGGAACUGUUUGGGACCAAAAUACGCUUGCGUGUAACUAUCCCUCAGCAGUAACUGGCGAAUGCUCACAAUCAUCACAGCCAUUAUCCGAUGCAAAUAAUCAAAACCAACAAGGCAGUGGUAACCAAAAUCAACAAGGAAAUGGAAACCAAAAUCAACAGAACGGUGGAAACCAAAAUCAACAGAAUGGUCAAGAACAAAACCAACAAGGUUCCAACAACCAAAAUCAACAGAACGGUAGUAACCAAAAUCAACAAGGUUCUGGCAACCAAAAUCAGCAGGGAGGUGGGAACCAAAAUCAACAGCACGGAAGUAACCAAAAUCAACAAGGUUCUGGCAACCAAAAUCAACAAGGUUCUGGCAACCAAAAUCAAUCAGGAUCUGGAAACCAAAACCAAGGGGGAGGUGGAAACCAAAAUCAACAGAAUGGUCAUAACCAAAACCAACAAGGUUCCAACAACCAGAAUCAACAGAGCGGUAGUAACCAAAAUCAACAAGGUUCUGGCAACCAAAAUCAACAAGGUUUAAAUAAUCAAAAUUCUGGACAAAUUUCUAACAAUAAAUGUAUUAAGGAAGGUUUUGCUAAAGAUGAAAAUGACUGUAAAAAAUUUUAUAGAUGUGUAAGUGAUGGAAAAGGUCAAUACACCAAAUAUGAAUUUACUUGCGCCGAAGGAACAGUUUGGGACCAAAAUGCACUUGCUUGUAAUUAUCCUUCAGCAGUAACUGGAAAAUGUUCACAACCCUCGCAGUCACCGUCGAACGAAGGAAGUGAAGGCAAUAAUCAAAAUCAACAGGGAUCCGGAAAUCAAAAUCAACAAGGUAAUGGAAAUCAAAAUCAACAAGGUUCUGGCAAUCAAAACCAACAGGGUAGUGGUAAUCAAAACCAACAGGGCGGUGAUAACCAAAACCAACAGGAAUCAGGCAAUCAAAAUCAGCAAGGUGGUAACAAUCAAAAUCAACAGAAUUAUAAUAACCAAAAUCAACAAAGCUCCGAUAAUCAAAAUCAAGAGGGUGGUAAUAACCAAAAUCAACAAGGAAAUGGAAACCAAAAUCAACAGGGCAAUGGUAAUCAAAAUCAAAAUCAACAAGGAAGUGGCAACCAAAACCAACAAGGAUCUGGAAACCAAAACCAACAGGAUGGUGGGAAUCAAAAUCAAAAUGGCAGCGGUAGUCAAAAUCAACAAGGUUCCGGUAAUAACAAUCAACAGGUAACACAAAAACCAAAUAAUUCAAGCAAUACUGGAUUAGUUACAAAUAAAAAAUGUGUUAAAGAAGGUUUUGCAAAAGACGAUGAUGAUUGUAAAAAAUUCUAUAGAUGUGUUAACAAUGGUAAAGGCGGAUACGACAAGUAUGAAUUUACUUGCCCCGAAGGAACUGUUUGGGAUGAAACAAAUCUUUCGUGUAACUGGCCAUUUGCAGUUACAGGAAAAUGUGGACAACCAAAUUCCAAUAACAAUAACCAAAACAGUAGUAACCAACAAAAUGGUUCCAACAAUAGCAACAACCAACAAAAUAUAGGCACUAAUUCCGACCAAGAUAAUAACCAACAAAGUAACGGAUCAAAUGAGAACAAUCAACAAAAUGCAGGAGACGGAUCAAGUCAACAAAAUAAUCAAGGAGGAAAUGGAUCUAAUAAUAAUAAUCAACAAAAUACGGGUGAUAAUUCUAGUCAACAAAAUAAUCAGCAAGGUGGUGGAACGAAUAGUAAUAACCAACAAAACACUGGUAACGGAUCAAAUCAGAACAAUCAGCAAAGUACUGGUUCAAAUCAAAACACUCAACAAAAUACCGGAAAUAAUUCUAAUCAGCAGAACAAUCAAGGUGGCACAUCCAAUGGUAAUAACCAACAGAAUGUAGGUGAUGGAUCAAAUCAAAACAAUCAACAAAAUGCCGGAAAUAAUUCCAAUCAGCAGAAUAAUCAAGGCGGUGGAUCCAGUAAUAGUAACAACCAACAAAACGUAGGUGACGGAUCAAACCAAAACAAUAAUCAACAGACUAACGGAUCAAAUCAAAACAAUCAACAAAAUGCAGGCGACGGAUCCAACCAACAAAAUAAUCAAAGUGGAAGUGGUUCUAACCACAACAAUCAACAAAACACAGGUGAUAAUUCCAGUCAACAAAAUAAUCAACAAGGUAGCGGAUCGAAUAAUAAUAACCAACAAAACGUUGGUGAUGGUUCGAAUCAAAACAACAAUCAACAAGGGACUGGAUCGAAUGGAAAUAAUCAACAAAAUACCGGUAGUGGAACAAAUCAAAACAACAAUCAAGGAAAUAACCAACAAGGAUCAUCUAACCAACCAAAUGUUUCUAGUGGAGUAGGAAGUACUUGUACUCAAGAAGGCUUUUUAGGAGAUCCAAACGAUUGCAGGAAAUUUUAUAGAUGUGUUUCAAAAGGACAUACAUAUGGAUUCAUAAGGUACGAAUUUUCUUGUGGUAAAGACACCGUAUGGGAUCCCAAUAGCAUCACCUGCAAUUAUCCAUGGGCUGUAACAGGAAGAUGUUAUUCUGCUACUGUUCCUUCAGAACCUACAGUUACAGAGGGUCCAAUUUACACCAUCGAACCGCCAGAAAUUGUCAGUGUCACCAACGGACCCGAACAACCCGUCGAACCAGCAAUCACACCAGCAACUGAAGCCCCAGUAAGCACUGUAACGAAACCAUGCCCCAUCGGCGAAAUCGAGGGCAAUCAAUUAACGUUAGUCUGCCCAACUGGGUUCCGAAGACACCCAAGAUACUGCAACUUGUUCUACCAAUGUACUACGAGCAAAAAUGGACAUGACUUUAAAGUACUGGUAUUGAGCUGUCCCGAUGGAUUAAUAUUCGACGACAAAAAGGUGCAGUGCUUACCUCAAAAUGAAACUAGUCCUUGCCAAGGCGAAAUUGCAUCCAGUACUCUUUAUAGAACGCUGGAAGCAAAUUCUAUACCACCAUUGCAGAUAAACAAAAAAGAUACGAUGUGUCCCUCAGAUGGAAAUUAUCUCCUAGAUCCAUCAGCUUGUAGUAACAAUUUCAUCAAAUGUGAAAAGUCAAAUAGUUCUUCCCGAAUGGAAGGAUAUAUGUACCAGUGUCCUGAAGGAUUCUCUUUCUGGAGAAUCAGCAGAAGAUGUGAACGAAAUUAUAGACUCCUUGACUGUGGAAAUCUUAAUAAUAACCAAAACUCUAACUGGGAAAUGCCCAUCGAAUACGAAAACGUCUCUUUAAGAAGACGAAAAAGUGCGUACGCUGAGUGGUAAAAUGUAAAAAUAGGUUUUUGUGAUUUAUUAAAUGGUAAACAGAUGACGUAAACAGUUCCAAAAAGUUAGGUUCAUAACCGUUUCUUACUCAUGAACUAUGUAGAUGUAGCUAUACAUUUGUAAAAAAUGGACGUAUAUUAUGCUACUAACCUAACCUAGAAUGUAGUUUGAAUUGGUCAGGUGUUAGUUUUUUAGAUGUUGGUAAUAACCACGUCAGAGAUGACUUGAUUUUCAAGUAGGUAGAUAUAAAAAUUUUCAAAUUGAUCUUUGAUAUUCUUUUGUGGCUUUCGUUCUGCAUUAUUUAGAGACAUUAAAUCUCAAAAACUAUCACCUUGACUGUUUACUACAUAUAAUCGAAAAAGUUAUUAUGGAAUUUUGAAAGAACUGCGUCGUAGAAUUUAAAAUAAAAAUAAUGGAAGGAAAGCUAAAAGUUUGUAAAACCAUUUUUGAUCCAACGUUGAUUGAAAAAUCUUGCCGCUAUUUUUAUUUUAUUAGUAAAGAGAAAUUUUUAUUGUAUUGUUUUAUAGGUGUUUUACAUCAUUUAUUAAUAUAUAGAAGAAAAAUGAUAGAUGUAAUCCAGUGUGAUUAAAAGAAAAUUGAAAUAUUAACUUUUUGAAAAAUGUAUACGUAACAGUAUGCCUCAAUUUUCUUGAUACCAACGUAUCAGUAUGUAGUGAAAGAAAAGGUACCAUUUACCAUGUAUCUAGAUUAUCAGACCUUUAGAAUAUAAAAUCAUGAACGGGUUGACUGUAUGAGACCAAUAUUACAGUGGUACUAUGGAAGUGGCCAUCCUCAGCUCUUUAGGACUAUUUUUCAUUGACUACGAAUAUUAAUUAUGGGUCAUAGAGUAGCAGUAUUCUUAACUUUAAAGUUAAACGGCCUACAUACGUUCCGACCGUGCCAUCCGACAUGACUUAACUCCCCGACCAUCCUUGUCGGGGUCAGCUCUAAAAUCAUCCUGACCAAACUAUCCGACAAAACAAGUUCCACGUUCCAACCAUUACUACAGGCCUGUCGGGCUGUCGGAAUAUCACGGUUGUACAACCAGAUAGGUCGACCGACCAUAAAAUAUAACUUUUUUGUCGUGCCAAAAACAUUACACACACCCCAACCGUCGAGCCCAACGUUGUCGGUCAUGACAUUUGUGUGAUUUAAGGUUGAUUUAUCUUAGGAAGGGACGUGGACAGCACGGCUGCCUUGCAGGGCAUGUUGAAGAAUCGUGUGAUAUGAAAAGCAUUGGCUAGUUUAGUUUAUAGUACAACGGAACGGGACAACAACGGAGACGUGCGCCGUCUAUUGGUCUACAGCCGGUGCCGUCUACAUCCCGUCGUAAGAUAAGUCCGGUUUUAAUCGGGACGUGUGUAGGUCGUUCUAUAAUAAUUUAUUAUAUUUUUUUGCUAAUAAUAUACGUAUUCUAUGUUACAUUUUUAAAAAAGUUGAUAUUUAUGAAAAAAUCUUUGAUAAAUAAUUUGCUCAAACAUAUUUUUCCUAUUAAUAGUUGAUGUAAAACUUGACUGAUAUUUAUUAGUUUAAUUAUUAAUAACACCGCGAUAUUGAGAUGUAUGAUUUCAUAUUCGCUCAUUGGGACUUGGUUGUGGUUAUUUAUUUUUUUACUUAACUUUGUAAUUGUAACUAGUUAUUAUAGUUCUCACUAAUUUUAAGUGUAAAAAGCUGCCAUUUUACUUAUAUAUUAGAUCAAUUUAAAUAAAUAAUAAAUGCAUAUAA